GUUUUCAGCAGCAUCCUGGACUCAUCUUCCCUACAAUCCAGCCUCAGCAAGAUCAACGUUCCUUUCUCCCACAUACCAUCAUCAGAACGCUAGACAUGGAGCUCUUCAGAUUCCUCGCCUUCCUGGCAGCCGUCCUGCCCGUUGCCUACGGUGCCCCUACUCAGGCUACGAACAGCCUUCACCCGAAGCUCCUAGCCGCCAUGAAGCGUGAUUUGGGGCUGGACGCCGAGCAGGCCGCCGCUCGUGUCUCCAGGGACAUCUCUGCUAGCGAAAUCAUCGAGCAGCUACGCACUACUGCGGGUAACUCAUUCGCCGGUGCCUGGAUCGCCGAGGACGGCACCACUCUCAAUGUUGCCGUCACCGACCAAGCCUUGGCUUCCGAGGUCACCGCUGCUGGCGCCACGCCGGCUAUCGUUGCCAACAGCUUAUCUAAGCUUCAAGACGCUAAGCAGGCUCUUGACAACAUCGACAUCGAGCAACCCAAGACCCUCGCCACAGACUCGGCUAACGUUGGUAUCGCUGCGUACUACGUUGAUGUUGCUGCCAACAAGCUCAUCAUUGAGGCGCUCUCCGGCAGCACCGCCCACGCCGAGUCGCUUGCUUCGCAGGUCGGACUUGCCGCAUCCGAGUUCGAGGUGAAGACCGUUGAGACUAUGCCCACCACCUUCGCCACCGUCGUCGGUGGUGACGCCUACUACAUUGACAACGUUGCCCGAUGCUCCGUCGGUUUCUCCGUCACAACUGGUUUCGUUUCUGCCGGCCACUGUGGUACUGCUGGUAGCUCCGCUACCACCACCAGCGGUGCGUCCCUAGGAACUUUCUCUGGCUCAGUCUUCCCCGGAAACGCUGACAUGAGCUACAUCCGCACUGUCAGCGGAACCACCCUUAGCGGUUACAUCGACGGAUACGGCUCAGGUAAUCUACCCGUAUCUGGCAGCACCGCAUCCGCCACCGGCGCUAGCAUCUGCCGAUCCGGCUCCACCAGCGGUGUCCACUGCGGUACCGUCCGCGCCCUUGGCGCGACCGUCACCUACGCCGAAGGUCGUGUCACUGGUCUCACCCAAACCAAUGUUUGCGCCGAGCCCGGUGACUCUGGCGGGUCUUUCUACACCGGUGCCCAGGCCCAGGGUGUCACCUCGGGAGGUUCCGGUGACUGCACUAGCGGCGGUACCACCUACUUCCAGCCCGUCAACGAGAUCCUAUCGACCUACAGUCUUACUUUGGUUAAGGCUUAAGUAACAUGUUAUCGUUUAAGAUGUUUGGAUUUUGCAGGGAUAUAAGCGGAAAUGAUAAUGUUAGGGAUAGCAUGAUUAUUGGGUUACUGUUAGCCUAAUAAGCAAUGAAUUAGAAAAUAAAUUCAAUUGCAAGAUA